GCCAGGCAGCAUCUCUAGGAAGAAGUACAGUCGACAUUUUGGGCCGAGACCCUUCAUCAGGACUAACUGAAAGAAAAGAUAGUAAGAGAUUUGAAAGUGGAAGGGGGAGGGGGAGAUCCAAAAUGAUAGGAGAAGAUAGGAAGGGGAGGGAUGAAGCUAACAGCUGGAAAGUUGAUUGGCAAAAGGGAUACAGAGCUGGAGAAGGGAAAGGAUCAUGGGACGGGCUGAGGGAGAAAGAAAGGGGGAGGGGAGCACCAGAGGGAGAUGGAGAGCAGGCAAGGUGUGGUUGUGAGAGGGACAGAGAGAGAAAAAAGGAAAAAAUGAUAGAUAGAUGGAUAGAUAGAUAAAUAAAUAAGGGAGGGAUAGGGUAAGAAGGGGAGGAGCGGCAUUAAUGGAAGUUAGAGAAAUCGAUUUUCAUGCCAUCAGGCUGAAGGCUUCCUAGACGGAAUAUAAGCUGUUGUUCCUCCAGUCUUAGUGUGGCUUCAUCUUGACAGUAGAGGAAGCCAUGGACAGACAUAUCAGAAUGGGAAUGGGACGUGGAAUUAAAAUGUGUGGCCACUGGGAGAUCCUUUGACAUAUCAGAAUGGGAAUGGGACAUUGGACAUAUCAAAGGAAUCAUAGGUUCGAUUUUGUCACUUAAAAAAAAUUGGAUAGGUAUAUGGACAGGAAAGGAAUGGAGGGUUAUGGGCUGAGUGCAGAAAGGUGGGACUAGGUGAGAGUAAGCGCUGGGCACAGACUAGAUGGGCUGAGAUGGCCUGUUUCCGUGCUGUAAUUGUUAUAUGGUUAUAUCAGAAUGGGAACGGGAAAUUUGACAUAUCAGAAUGGGAAUGGGACGCUUAUCCAUGGCCUCCUCUAUGGGUGUGUCUUAUGAGGAAAGAUUGAGCAAGUUAGGGUUUUCCUCUUUUGUAAUAAAGGAUGAUGAGAUGAGAGUACCUGUCUUCCAGUCAAACAAUGACUAAUAAGAAAGGACAUACUUUUAAGGUGAUAGAAGGAAAAUAUAGGGAGGAUAUCAGAGGUAGAGCGUUUUAUUUAAAAAAAACAGAGUAGUAAGCGCAUGGAACACACUGCCAAGUGUGGUGGUUGAGGCAGAUAUAUUAGGGACAACUGAGAUACUGUUAGAUAGGGACAUGGAUGAAAGAAAACUAGAAGGCUCUGUGGGAGGGAAGGACUAGAUUGAUCUUGGAGUAGAUUAAGAAGUCAGCAAACAUUGUGGGCUGACGGCACUGUACUGUUCUGUGUUCUGUAACAAGUUACUGUUUCUGAAAUUGUCUUUUUUUGGAUGGAACUAGUUGACUUCUUUGCUUCUCAAGGAUGUCCUCAAUGGUGGGGAGGAUAAUGCCCAUGAUGGAGCUGGCAGAGUUUAUAACUCUCUGCAGCUUGUUCUGAUCCCAUGCAUUAGAACCUCCAUAGCGGCGGUUCCGGAGACGUCAUUAUCAAGAAUUAUUAAGAAUUAUUAAGAAUGGCAGCUUAAGUCACAAGCUCCUCCAGAAAAAUGUGUAUUAAGCCCCGUUAUCCCAUCAACUAUGAUAUUUUUUGAAAAAUAUUUGAACUGAAAAGAGGGGCAAGAAUGGGGAGAAGAAAUGGAAAUUAAAAAAAGCAACAUUGCAGAGCCUGCAUCCAAGAGGAGUGCAGCGAGCGGCUCUCCGACCCGACCGCGUGCAAGCGAGGCGGCUGCUGGGCCUCAUUCAGGCGAAGUGGCGAAUAUCUUUGAAAUCCUGAAAGAAAUAAUGGAGGUCCAGAAAGAUAUAAAGCAGCAGCUCCAUGAUAUUAAGGCAGAGCUCGCCAGCGUUAAUCAAAAAAUAGUGGUGACAGAGACUCAAAUUGAGAAGGUGGAAGAUCGCGUUCAAAAUGUUGAAUGGAUACUGAGCAAGACAAUAAAAAUAAUACAUCACCAAGAAGGUAAACCGUUUGACCUGGAGGGAAGAUCACAGCGGAAAAAUAUCAGAAUCUACAACGUUCCUGAAGGAGCAGAGGGCUCGUCUAUGACCGAGUUUGUCGAAAAGUUACUGCAGGACGCACUGGAUCUUCCCUCGGUUGUGGAGCUGGAAGUCGAGAGAGCCCACCAUGCAUUCGUUCCGAAACCUACCCAGGAUAGAAAGCCACGUUCAAUAAUAAAUAAAUUCUUGUGGUACAGCACCAAGACGCAGAUUCUACAAAGAGCCUGGGGACGCGGUUGUACCAGACGGUGGAAGAGGCGACUACAGACAUGAAGGCCAGAGGGUUGCCAUUUAGCGUCACCAAAAUGAG